CUGCUGCGCCGAUGCGGAGAUAAGACGUCAGCGUGGGACAGGGGUGAAAGGGAAAAGGUCGACGGAAACAUGGCUGCUCCCGUGGAUGACAUGUUUUCCUUCUGCGUGGACGCCGGCAGAGCCUCCAGCUGCGUGGAUGUUCGAUUUAUAAACAAUGUUAAGGGCAAGGGUCUCUUUGCCAAAAAGAGCAUCAAGAAGGGAGACGCCAUUUUUCUUGAGCGGCCUCUGGUCUCCGCUCAGUUCCAGUGGAAUGCUUUGUAUAAAUACAGAGCCUGCGAGUACUGCUUACGUGCUCUGGAGACCGCAGAGGAGAAUGCGAGGAGACUCAGCGGCAUCCCUGGACUCAGCCUUCCUCACCCUGAGCUCUGCCGUGUUCGACCAGAGCUGCACCAGGCCUGCCCUCACUGCCAGGUGAUGUACUGUAGCAGCGAGUGUCGACAAGCUGCAGCAGAUCAGUACCAUCGAGUUCUGUGUCUGGGUUCCUCCCAGGACGAUCCGGACCAUCCCAUCAACAAGCUCAAAGAUACAUGGAGGAGUAUGCAUUACCCCCCAGAGACCUCCAGCAUCAUGCUUAUGGCCAGAAUGGUAGCUGCUGUCAAACAAGCCAAAAACAAAGCACACUGGCAGAAGCUGUUUUCCCACUUCUGCAGCCGGACUGGUAAUGAGGAAGAGGAGAUCGCCCAUAAGCUCCUGGGAGAUAAAUUCAGAGGGCAGCUGGCUUUGCUACAGAGCCUUUUUAAAGCAGCACUUCAUGAUGAUCAUCUUAGUCGGUGGUUUGUCCCUGAGGGUUUCCGCUCUCUGUUUGCUCUUGUGGGAACCAACGGACAAGGCAUCGGCACAAGCUCUUUGAGUCAGUGGGUUCAUGCCUGUGAUGCAAUUGAGCUUCCUGCCCAGCAGAAGGAGCAAUUGGACUCUUUUAUCGACCAGCUAUACAAGGACAUCGAGAAAGAAACGGGAGACUUCUUAAACUGUGAGGGCUCUGGACUGUUUCUGCUUCAAAGCUCAUGUAACCACAGCUGCAUACCCAACGCAGAGGCGUCCUUCCCCGACAACAAUUUCCUGCUUCAGCUCACUGCCCUUAGUGACAUCAACCCAGGAGAGGAGAUCUGCAUCAGUUACUUGGACUGCUGUCAGCGGGACCGAAGCCGUCAUAGCAGACACAAAGUUCUGAGGGAGAACUACCUGUUUGUCUGCUCGUGUCCGAAGUGCAUCUCCCAGAUGGAUGAGCUGGAUGUGACAUCAGAGGAGGAAGAGGAGGAAGAAGGCGAGGCAGAAGGGGAAACGGAGGGGGAUGAGAUGGAGGAUGAGAUGACAGAUGUCUGACGAAAGACUUGCCCAUAUUGUUCUCAGUCGUUCCCUUUUCCUGCCAUCACGCUAAGCAACCAUGAAGCCCUGAGGAAUGGAGACCAGUUCAGACCACGAUCUGCAUUUCACCAGAACUGUCAAAAUGUAAUAUUACCACCAAAUUUCACCCAUUCUUUGUCUUGUUUUGGAGAUCAGCCACAGAAAAAAUGUAUUUCAGUAUUAGGACAGUGAUUUUUUUUUUUUUGCUGUACUUCAGCACACUGGGGGGUUUGAAAUAAAGCGAAGACCAUGACUAUCAACUUUCAGGGUAUGUGGGUGAACAGUUAAGGACUGAUAGAGCUGACAUCUCUAAAAAAAAAAUCCCUAUAUGUGGAUGUAAACACCUUUUUAAAUCUACAUUAAUUAAAAAAUAUUCUGGCAACUUGGUGGCAGCAAUGGCAGUUAAAAUAUAUGACAUAGCGUCUUAUUAAAUAGUUAGCAGACACCCAUUGAACAUCUUCUGCUCUACAGCGGUUACAUUUCUCACCUUGAUGUAGUGAUGUUCAAAUGUACUCCAGUACACUAUGACAUCACCGGGUUUUGUUACAAAUGCAUCAGAGCAUAUUUCUGACUACACCUCGCAGUCAAUGGUGAAACAAAAUUUAAACUGGAGAGGGCAAGUAAACUGCUUUUAUCUUUUUUUAACGUCUGCCUGCUGCUGCUGAAUAUGCCACUGAUUAGAAUGGUGAGAAUGAAUCACAACAAUGAGUUGAAAGGCUCUAAAAGACUGAGUGGAACUGCAGCCGAUGAUGAUUAUUCUCUGUAGGUUCGUCACUUUGAGUGGUAAUACACAGUCCUCUAAUCCAUUGUUAAUAUAUGAUUAGAGCACUUUUAUAUUACAGCUGAAAGAAAGUCAGUACUUUAUCCUCUGAAAUUGAGUUAUUUGUUCAAAUGUUCCACAUCAUUCAAUGUGCUGGAGAACAGAGUUGAAAUAAAACUGUCCUAAUACUUAUUGCACUGCGUCUGACCUCCAGGUCCACUAAAUCAAACUCGGAAGAACUGUUAUCUCUUAAACAAGGCAAAGUGAUUAAGCCAAGGUCAAUUGAUUCUCAGGUGUUUUUCUCCACAUGAAAAGUUUCUCACAUGACUAUGCAUUAUUGUAUUGAAGAGGCUUUUUAUUUGUGUUCCGUUGUAAUUACAGUCUUGUCGUAUGGGAGACAAGACUGUGAUCUAUAGUUUGGUUUUCAUACCAUGAUCUAUGGGGUUAAGUUAAACCUUCCCUAAUGUAUUAUGGAGACCUUGAGUUGAAAAUUGCUUUGUCAGUAACUGUUUACCCUUUGUUGAGGACCGUAUUUCAAACCGCAGAUCCACAUGAGUGGAACUGCUGCUGCCCACACAUGAAUCAAUAUUACAACCAUGACUGUAAUCACAAAUCCCAAUAUUUGUCAGUUACUCAACAAAGAUUGGAAAAAUAGAAUGAGUAAUCAAUUUUUUUUUUUUUUAAAGUUGGCAUUCAGUGCAGUGGCACAGGAGGAUGUGCAAGUCAUACAUGUAUGAUUUAAAUAUAACCGCAGCAAACAGGAGCCUAGCAGUUGUCAUUUUUACUACUGUGGCAUAAACCAUUUAAAUUGGAUGUGUGUUGAGUCAUUUAUCUGGUUUACACACCUCUUUCCGUUGCUACAGGAGACUGUAUAAGUAAAAUAUUUGUUCACCCUUUGCAUAAUAACCACAAAUCGUUUCUCAAAUGGUCUUCCUCAAGGGGUUUUACCAUUGCAUUAUGGCUCUCUCUCUAGACAGUCUUUUGCUUUAGGCCCUUUUAACAUACA